AAAAACGCACAUCGUCUGAAACGGUCAUGAAACCUUUCCACGCCCUGCUUUUCUGUGCAGCUUGUCUGCUGAUCUCUGAAGGUGCAGAGAUCAUUAAUGGCCGCAUCGCUAAGCCUCAUUCCAGACCCUACAUGGCUUACAUAAAAGUCCAAAAAGGAACAUAUAACUCUAUAUGUGGAGGAACUUUGAUAGACUCAGAAUGGGUGGUAACUGCUGCUCAUUGUGGGAUCCCUGGGGGCACAGUGAUGGUUAUUCUUGGAGCCCAUUCGAGUGAUGACAAUGCGGCAGAAGAGGGGAGGCAGAAAUUCAAUGUUACUGAGAUUCUCCAGCACCCGCAGUACAAUGACAUAAAUAGGAAGAACGACAUCCUGCUGAUGAGACUAAAUGCUUCAGCGGGGUUUGGAAAAUAUGUCCAAAAGAAGUCCUUACCGCAAACGUAUGAAGAUGUUGAAGAAGGAACAGUUUGUGAGACAGCCGGAUGGGGAUGGACAGGAGAUCAAUUUGCCGACCGUCUCAUGGAAGUAAAUGUCACCGUUUUGAACAGAAGAACAUGUCAGAGAAAUCUGAAAAACGAAGUGUACAUUACAGAGAACAUGAUGUGCACCAAUGUGGGGCCUGGAGGACAAGACUCCUGUAAUGGGGAUUCGGGUGGUCCUUUAAUAUGCAAUGGCGUCUUCAGAGGACUCAUUUCUUUUGGAACUGAUCCAUGUGGGAAGCAAAACGGAGUGGCCGUGUAUACUCGCCUGACUAAGGAAUACGUAGACUGGAUAAAUAAGAAAACAGGGCAUCAACUAUAAAUCAUCACCAUCAUGUUUUUUACUCCUGUUUCAUUUUAUCACAUUCCUAAAGCCAAAUUUUUUAAUAAACUGGGAUCCGAUAGGUCACCUUUGACAAAAAAGCUUUGAGUAGUAGUUGA